UGUGAGCUGUGGUGUAGGUCGCAGGCGUGGCUUGGAUCCCGAGUUGCUGUGACUGUGACUGUGGCAGCCAGGGAAGCCCACAGUCCCUCCAGCCAGACAAGGGGAAGUAGGUGGUGGGAGGUCUGGGCAGCCCACCGUCUCCCCGUCAAAACCCGCUGAUGAAAUGGUCAACAGGCAUCACUUGCUGGGCCUGACAACAGAGGACUGAUGGGGCCUGAGGCCACCAGGCCCCCACCUUCCCACCACCUCCCUGGAGCCUCGGGUAUCUAUGGCAGUGGCAGGUAAGACUGUUUGGUUCUUAUUGGACACAGAGGCAUCAUAUUCAGCAUUACGCAGCUUUCAAGGUGUCACAUAUACCUUCCCCACUCCUAUACCAGGGGUUACCCACCACACCUCAGCAUACUGGACCUUUAGCUUGCACACUUUUGGACACCACUUUCUGCCACUCAUGUCUAGUUAUUCCCACUUGCCCAACCCCAAUAAUAGGGAGGGAGAUCCGGACAAAAUUCCAGGCAUACAUUCACUUUCCAACACAACCAAACGCAAAAUUCUUACUCUUAUGCCAGCCAGAUUCGGGCCCCUCUCCUCCCAGUUCUUCCUCUCUCCCUCUGACGUAAAUCCCAUCGUUUGGACACUAGCACACCCUCCAUCACCAGGCAUCGCUCACCCAUUCUUAGAUGACGAGAGGCUCCUACCAGUUCCCUAACCAAUCUCAAUAUCUAUCAGCCCAGAAGCUCAGAGGGGACUAACCCCUAUAAUUCGGUGCCUCUUAAGGCCAGCAUCCUCCAACCUGCUCCGCUCCCCUUCAAUACUCCUGUCCUUCCUGUGCAGAAGCCCGACAGACAGACCUUUCAGAUCAGGUCAGGAUCUUCUCAUCAGUCAGGCAGUCCUCCCCGUCAAGCCAGUGGUCCCAGACCCCUACACCCUCUUGUCUCACAUGCCUUCUUCUUUUUGCUUUUUAGGGCUGCACCUGUGGCAUAUGGAGGUUCCGGGCUAGGGGUUGAAUUGGAGCUGUAGCCACUGGCCAACACCGCAGUCACAGCAAGGCCGGAUCCUUAACCCACUGAGCCAGAGGGGAACCUCUGUUUGCGGUCUUUUUUGAGCUGAGCAGGGAAAUCCUGUUUAUCACAAACACCGAUUUCCCUGAACCUUUUAUUGCUGUUUCAACAUAUCAAAUAUGCCUCCGCAGACCUGUACUCCACGUGCAGCGGGUGUCUGGAUUUUGACCCUCUCUCUAAGGUUUUUCUUCCUCUUUCAGCGAGUUGGCAUCAAUGUGUCCCUCCUUUGUUUAUAUGCUCCAGGCAAAACUGGGAGGCUGGAGUAGAAGGAAGGAGACCGGCUGGGUAGAAGCCACAAAGGGCGAGGAGGUCUGGCUGGACUGAGGGAGCAGAUAAAUUCUGGCCCAGCAGGGUCGCUGUGGCCUGUGAUCUUGAAGAAAAGAUGUGGAGACGGGUGGGAAAACGGCAGGACCAGAGCGCAGGAGGCAAAUGCGGUGCCCAAGGGACAGUGGGGGUGAGAAAGAAGAAACGACCAAUUUAGGUCUUAAGUCCACUUGGGUGAUGCAGGGCAAAUAGAGACAUCUGUUCCGUCUUGGGUCAGUCGCUCCUUGGGAAGGAGGGCAAAGGCCGGAGGACGCCCGGCCUCUGGCUCCCAUCUGGACCCAGCUCCCCAGCGGACCCUGGGGAACCCGCGAUCGAGACGAGACCUCCGAGCCGCCUAGAUGGGACCCGGAAGUGCGCCCCGAGGCACCGGCUUGACCAGGCGGCCUCCGGGGGCCGAGGUCGCGGACACCGAGCGCAGCCGGCGGACUGAAAGUGACUGCCCGUCCCUUGCGUCGGGUUCUGAAGAACUUUUAGAGACGAUCUGGGCCUUGGAGCGGCCCCGGGGAUUGGACCCAGCCCAUGGAGAAGCGGCCUGAGCAGAUGUCGCCGGAGUCCCUGUGUCCAUCCCCCGAGCGGGAGCCUCGAAAGAGCAAGGUUCAAGAUGCAGCUCAGCGUCAUUCUUGGAGGUGGUCGCCCGCAGACCCCCUAGGACGGGUUGUCAUUCCUAACUGUGCUUUGAAGCAGGAUUAUCAUCUCUUUCCCAAGAUCUUGUCCGUGAUGGUGAGAAACCCUACGAGUGGCCUGAGGACCAAUUAAAAAGAAAACCAAUAAAGCAAAAAACUCUUGAAGUAGAGGUACGUCUACACGAAGGGGAUGCAUGUGAACAAGACAAACACGAGGGACCUUAUGCACGUGGACAAAACUUCACAAACAUCGCAGGCUUUAUCCGACAGCCACGGAUUCUUAGGGAAGAGAAGUCUCAAAUGUGUAACCUUUGCGGGAAAUUAUUUAGGCGGACCUCAUACCUGAUGCAGCACGAAAAAAUCCACAUGCAAGAGAAACCUUAUGUGUGUCAGGAAUGUGGGAAAGCCUUUGGCCACAGUUCAAAUCUUAUGCAACAUCAAAGGAUUCACACUGAGGAGAAGCCCUAUGAAUGCAGUGAGUGUGGGAAGGCCUUCCGGCGCAGCUCACACCUCAUCCAGCACCAGAUAAUCCACACCGGAGAGAUGCCUUACACGUGUAAUGAAUGUGGAAAAGCUUUCGGUCGGAGCUCAAGUCUCAUUCGACAUCAAAGAAUCCACACCCGGGAGAAACCCUAUGAAUGCGCCGAAUGUGGGAAGGCCUUCAGCCAGAGCUCAAAUCUAACAGAACAUCAGCGAGUUCACACCAAAGAGAGACCAUACGGAUGCAAUGACUGUGGGAAGACCUACAGUCGUAACUCACACCUCAUUGAACAUCAGAGAGUCCAUACGGGGGAGACUCCUUAUGAUUGCAGGGAGUGUGGGAAAUCUUUCAGCAGGAGUUCGCUCCUUAUCAAGCAUCACAGAAUCCACACCGGAGAAAGACCCUAUGAAUGCAGCGAAUGUGGGAAGGCCUUUAGUCGGAACUCCCACCUUACUCAGCAUCAGAAGACUCACAGCGGAGAAAAACCUUCUGAAUAUAAAGAAUGUGGGAAAGCCUUCAAAUGCAGUUCAUACCUUAUCGAUCACCUGGGAAUCCAUACACGAGAGAAACAGUGAACCAAGAGAAGGUGGUGGGGCCCUUGGUUAAGGUUCAGCAUCAGAGAACUCACACUGGGGAGAAAACCUUUGGGUGCAGUGAGUGUGGACGGCCCUCAGUCCUGGUUCAACCUUAGUAAGACCUGAAAAUCCACACAGUGGACAAUUCUCAUGGCUGUGUUCAAUGCAUGAAAACCUUUAGGCCGAGUUCCCAGCUUAUGCAGCACCAGCAGGUUCACUUGGGAGGAAAGAUAUGGAGAGAGCUCUGCCGUGUGUCGGGGAGAGGCAGGGACGGGUCAUAGUGUAACACCAGGGAGGGGAUGACUAAAGUGGAACCUUUAGUUAGCAGCACUUUUUAUUUGAUUUCGAGGGUCUGUUUCAGAGGGAGGUUCCAUGGUCGGUUUUUCAAAUCUCCAUGGUCAUCCUCUGAAAAUGGAAUGAGUAGGUCUAUUCCAGGGAAGAAGGAAUUUGGAAAUUCAUCGAUGAGGAAAGUAGCAGGGUGACCUCUGAACCCAAUAGCUUUCCUUCUAACUCACCUGCCCUGUUGUCCUGUUUGUCGAAACGGUACAAGGAAGCGGCUCUGGGUCCUCUUGGACCAGUGUCUUGCUCCUCGGUGUCCUGCAGAAUGCUGAAUCUCUCUUUGGUUUAUGUGACAUAAAUGCAUUUUAAUGGGCAGAUUUUCUAAGCCAAGUAGUUUCUCCGUGUAACAUGUCCCCCCAUGGCUUUGUCAUGUGUCAGCUCGGGCAGGCUGAACCGUGCUUGUCAGACUUCCCUUUCUUGUAUUUUUUGGUUGGCGUGGGCUACAUGGGAGGCUGGAGGGCAGACGAGAAGCUGAGUUAUUUCGUGGCUCACACAUGUUGUUGCGGAUCUGCUGAUGCACCUCACUGGAGCUGGGCCUGAAACUGGGCGGCCUUCCUCUGGAUCCUUGUUUGCCUGUACUGGGCCAGGGUUGUGUGUGUGUGUGUGUGUGUGUCCUCAUGGUUUUAUUUUCCCGAUUGAAUCCUAGUCAUACACAUGCUUACUAUCCUAUGACAAAUACACGUUUAUUUCAA